AUGGCGCAGUCUACUAAACGGACCGACGAUUUACGUAUAGAUGCUUUUGAUGGUCAUUCUGAAGAAUGGACUUACUGGCUCGAACGUUUCAAGAUUGCAUUACGAAACAGAGGAAUCAAGAAUGAGGAUACAAAACGAGACUUGUUGCUAGGGAACCUUGGACCUCAACCCUUCAAGCUAGUAUUUGACCACGCACGACCUGAUCCCAUCAGUAAUCUUCACUUUACAGGAGUUAUUGAUAUACUUAAGAAAUACUACACACAAAAAUCCGCACCACUAUCACAGCGGGUUAUCUUUAGUCGCCGUUUCAGACAAGAAGGUGAAUCUGUUAGUCAUUUUGAAUUUGCUUUGCGCGAAAUUGCAGGUCUCUGUGACUUUAGUGACAACUUAGACGAACGGCUGAGAGAUCAGUUUGUUCUGGGCAUCAACAAUGAUCGCUGGCAACUUGAACUUUUGCGCUUACAUGCUACGACAGAUACUACAUUUGAACAAGUCACAAACACUGCUACUUUAUUGGAAAAUGUUGACAAUCAACAGUCACAAUUCCGUAAUACACGUUCAGUCAACAGAAUAAGCAACAGGAACAAGAAGAAUGCUUUCGAAACGAUACCGUUGAAACAAGAAACAAAAGGAAACACUUCGAAACAAAACAUCUUACAUCUUAACAAGAGAACUGACUGCAUUCGGUGUGGUUACAAGAAACAUACACAAGGAACGAGCUGUCCCGCUGUCGAUGCCACUUGCAACGCCUGUGGAGGACUGAAUCAUUUUGCACGCACUUGUCUUAAAGUGGGUAAUGCAGUCAUUAUCAAAGAAGUUUUCAGUCCCUCUUUAGGUACGAUUAAAAAUCACAAGGUAUCUUUUCACAUGGCUUCAAAUGCAGCUCCUGUAGUUUCAAAACCACGGCCAGUUCCUUUUGCUUUACGGGAACCUGUGGAAAAUGAAAUUCAACGAUUAGUAGACAGUGGAGUUUUAGAACCAGUCGAUGCCAGGAAUGAACCUAUCAUUUGGGCUUCGCCCAUAGUAAUAGUGGUAAAACCGUCUUGA